AACAACAAACUCAAAAUGGCAUUAACCAAGGUCGUUCUUCUUUGUAUUCAAAAUAAGAAAUAAUUAACAAUUACUCACGAUUAAAUCUAUAAACACUUCUCCUAAUAUGGUUAGAUCGAAAAAGUAAGCACAAUAUAUAUCCCUAGAUUUUGAUAUUUGAAAAAUCUCAAAUUUGGAAAGUCUUUUUGGAAACCAAAAACAAAGAAACUGCAUAAAACUUAAUAAAGCAAUGCACUAACAACAUUUUGAAUUAAGAUGCUUCCUUAAGAAUGUAAUUGUAUCCCAGCAACCUAGAGAAUGUCACCUUUUCUGAUAUGAAUUCUGCAGGCAAAGGUAAUUUUACUCAUAAACUACCUAUAGAUUAUUCUAAAUCCAAAGAGAAACGUGACUCUUAUAAUUCAACUGACGACGAAUAGACUUCAGUAGGCAGCCAAGGUGAUUAAUAUCCUAAUCUAAAUUCCACCAAAAAUUACCCCUAAAAUGUUUAAUAAUCAAUCUAUUCAUACUAAUAACAUUUACAACAAAGAUUAUAUGAAUAAUAAGUACUCUAAAUGAGACUCCAAACUCAAAGUUUAGAUCUCCAAGUCCCUGAUUAUGUGAAUACUCUAGCUUCAGCAUAAUGGGUUGAAUAGUUUGUGUAAUUGGGAAAAUUACUUCAAACUUAAUACCUACUUCAAUAUCAACUUAUUGAUGGCUAUAUCAAUUAUAUCAAAUAGGAAUCUGUUAAUGCUUUAUAAGAAAUUCAAAAUUAACAACGACAACAAUAAUUAUAAUAAUAGUUGCAAACUCAAAUUACUACUCUUAAUCAAAUCUAUCACAUUGAAUAAUAUGAGAAAUCCAGAGUCAUUGUUGCCAAGUCUUUUGAUGACUCUGUUACUACAAUCGAUAUGCUCUAUAACAUUUUUAGUAUCUAUGGAAACAUAGAUAAAAUGGUAUUUUAGAAAGACAAAUCCACAUUGUUGGUCGAAUACCAUCUCUAAAAAUGUGCUGAUCAAUGUAUUGAGAAGUUGAAUAAUGUUGUAUUCCAAGGCCAAACUCUUUAAGUAAUAUUUCAAUAAUAUCCUAGAUUACCUAUUCAAUUCUGUAAGAAAUAACAUUCUUAGAUGAACUAGAAGAAUUGGGGCUGGUCGAAACGACUUUCUAUGAAGAAAGAUUCAUUGGAUCUGAAGCCACUAAUAGAUAUAAACCAAAAAAUUCAUUUAUUGCUGCUGCACCCAAUGAUACCAUCUUUCUGAUGAAUUUAUCGAAUGAAUUACUCAACAUUGAAAGUCUUCAACCUCUUAUAGAAACUGAUAUCGUUGAAUAUAAGUAAUUUUCAAAUAUAUCUUUAGAUUUUAUGAGGACCCAAAAUAAAAACAUAGUUGUGCCUUAAAAUUCAAAACUGUUGAAGAUGCUAUAUAUUUCUUAGCUAAAAAUCAUGGCAAAGUAAUGGCUGAUAGAAAAAUCUUGAUGACUUUUUCUAAAAAGCCUAUGUGAUUCAAUUUUUAUAUAAUUAUUAAUUUAAACACCUGCUC